GACCUGGACACAUGUCAGGAGCAGAUCUACACAACGUGUGUGGGCAAGCUCAUUGAAGGCUGCUUUGAGGGCUACAAUGCCACCGUGCUGGCAUACGGCCAGACUGGCGCUGGGAAGACAUACACCAUGGGCACCGGCUUUGACAUGAACAUCUCCGAGGAUGAACAGGGCAUCAUCCCACGGGCCAUUGGCCACCUCUUCAGUGGCAUCGAGGAGCGCAAGCGGGCAGCACAGAGUCAGGGCGUGGCAGCACCUGAGUUCAAAGUCAGCGCCCAGUUCCUGGAGCUCUACAACGAGGAGAUCCUGGACCUGUUUGACAGUGCCCGCGACCCUGGUGCACGCCACCGCAAAUCCAACAUCAAAAUCCAUGAGGAUGCCAGUGGAGGCAUUUAUACCAUGGGGGUCACGUCGCGCCUCAUCAACUCACAAGACGAGCUGAUCCAGUGCCUAAAACAGGGCGCUCUUUCCCGCACCACUGCCAGCACUCAGAUGAAUGUGCAGAGCUCCCGGUCGCACGCCAUCUUCACCAUUCACCUGUGCCAGAUGCGAGUGUGCACCCGUCCAGAGCUGGUAAACGGGGAGGUGACCAGCCUCCUGGACAGAGCCCAGCCCACUACCGAGUAUGAGACCCUCACGGCCAAGUUUCACUUCGUAGACCUGGCUGGCUCGGAGAGGCUGAAGAGAACGGGUGCUACCGGCGAGAGAGCAAAGGAAGGCAUCUCCAUCAACUGUGGGCUGCUGGCCUUGGGGAACGUCAUUAGUGCCCUUGGAGACCAGAGCAAGAAAGUUGUGCAUGUGCCCUACCGUGACUCCAAGCUCACCCGCCUGCUGCAGGAUUCACUUGGGGGCAACAGCCAAACCAUCAUGAUUGCCUGUGUGAGUCCAUCUGACCGGGACUUCAUGGAGACCCUGAACACGCUCAAGUAUGCCAACCGGGCUCGCAACAUCAAGAACAAGGUGGUGGUGAACCAGGACAAGACAAGUCAGCAGAUCAGUGCUCUGCGGGCUGAGAACGCCCGCCUGCAGAUGGAACUGAUGGAGUACAAGGCGGGCAAGCGGGUCAUUGGGGAGGAUGGCACGGAGGACUACAGCGACCUUUUUCAUGAGAACGCCAUGCUUCAGAAGGAGAAUAGUGCUCUGCGCAUGCGGGUGAAGGCCAUGCAGGAGGCCAUCGAUGCUAUCAACAGCAGGGUCACCCACGUCAUGAGCCAGGAGGCCAAUCUGAUACUGGCCAAGGCAGGUGAUAGUAAUGAAGCCAUUGGUGCUCUCAUCCAGAACUACAUCCGGGAGAUUGAAGAGCUGAGGACGAAGCUCCUGGAGAGUGAGUCCAUGAAUGAGUCUCUGCGCCGCAUCCUCUCGCGUGUCUCUUCCCGUCCCCCGUACUCCAUGGGCUCAUCCCCAGCAUCUGGCUUGGCUGGCCUGUGCAGCCCCGCUGCUCCAGUGGAGACGGAGGCCUCUGAUGUCCUCCGACGGGCCAAGCAGGACCUGGAGCGCCUGAAAAAGAAAGAGAGGAGGCAACGGAGGAAAAGCCCAGAGAAGGAAGCAUUUAAGAAGCAGCAGAAACUGAAGCAGGACAAUGGGGAGGAGACAGAUGAAAACGAGGUGGAAGAGGAGGAGGAACAGGAUGAGAGUGGCUGUGAGGAAGAGGAUGGACGUGAGGAUGAAGAUGAGGACUCAGGCAGUGAAGAGAGCCUGGUGGACUCGGACUCGGAUGCAGAGGAGAGGGCUGUGAAUUUCCAGGCCGACCUGGCAGAUCUGACUUGUGAGGUAGAGAUCAAGCAGAAGCUGAUUGAUGAGCUGGAGAACAGCCAGCGGCGCCUGCAGACCCUCAAGCACCAGUACGAGGAGAAGCUGAUCCUGCUGCAGAACAAGAUUCGGGACACACAGCUGGAGCGGGACCGGGUCCUGCAGAACCUCAGCACUAUGGAGUGCUACACGGAGGAGAAAGCCAACAAGAUCAAAGCAGACUACGAGAAGCGGCUGAAGGAGAUGAACCGGGAACUGCAGAAGCUCCAGGCAGCCCAGAAGGAGCACGCUCGACUGCUCAAGAACCAGUCCCGCUACGAGCGGGAGCUGAGGAAGCUGCAGGCGGAGGUGGCUGAGAUGAAGAAGGCAAAGGUCGCGCUGAUGAAGCAGAUGCGGGAGGAGCAACAGCGGAGGCGGCUGGCAGAGACAAAGAGGAAUCGGGAGAUCGCACAGCUCAAGAAGGAGCAGCGCCGGCAGGAGUUUCAGAUCCGAGCUCUGGAGUCUCAGAAGCGGCAGCAGGAAAUAGUGCUGAGGAGGAAAACCCAGGAGGUCUCAGCACUGCGCCGUCUCGCUAAGCCCAUGUCAGACCGGGUUGCCGGCAGGACGAGCCAGAAGUCGGCCAUGCUGGAUUCAGGCACAGAGGUCUCGGCAAGCACCACCUCCUCCGAGCCCGAGUCUGGCGCUCGGUCUGUCUCCAGCAUCGUGCGCCAGUGGAACAGGAAAAUCAACAACUUCCUUGGAGACCCCUCGUCCUCCAUGAAUGGGGCUCGGCCCACCAGGAAGAAGUUCCCCAAGAAGGGGACAAGCCAGACCUUUGGCAAAGCCGCCCGCCUCAAGUGGCAGUCGCUGGAGCGGCGCAUCUUCGACAUUGUCAUGCAGAGGAUGACCACCAUCAACCUGGAGGCUGACAUGGAGCGGCUCAUCAAGAAACGCGAGGAGCUGGCGCUGCUGCAGGAAGCAUUGCUGGGCAAGAGGGCGAAAUUGCAGGCAGAGAGCCCCAAGGAGCAGAAGGGGCUGCAGGAGCUGAAUGAAGAGAUUGAGGUGCUGGGAGCCAACAUUGACUAUAUCAACGACAGCAUUUCUGACUGCCAGGCUACCAUCAUGCAGAUUGAGGAGACCAAGGAGGAGCUGGACUCCACGGACACCUCAGUGGUGAUCAGCUCCUGCUCCCUGGCUGAAGCCCGACUCCUGCUGGAUAACUUCCUGAAGGCCUGCAUUGACAAGGGGCUGCAGGUGGCCCAGAAGGAGGCCCAGAUCCGCCUGCUGGAGGGGCGCCUGAGGCAGACAGACAUGACCAGCUCCUCGCAGAACCACGCUAUUCUGGAUGCCCUGUGGGAGAAGGCCGAGUUGCACCCAGAGCUGCAGGCCCUGAUCCACAAUGUCCAGCAAGAGAAUGGCUACACGAGCACAGAUGAGGAGGUCUCAGAGUUCAGCCUGGCUUCAGAUGGGAGCAUCUCCCAGUCUUUCACCAUGAAGGGCUCAGCAAGCCAGGAUGACUUUAAGUUCAAGGGAGAGCCCAAGCUCUCGGGGCAGAUGAAGGCAGUGUCAGCUGAGAGUCUAGGACCCACACUGGAUGUCUCCACCGAGAACAUCACCAAGUCCUUGGCAUCCCUCAUGGAGAUCAAAGAGGAUGGCAUCAGCUUCUCCAUCCGAGACCCCUAUUACAAGGAGAAGGUGUCACGCACCGUCAGCCUGCCCACGCGAGGAAGCACCUUUCCCAGGCAAUCUCGUGGCUCAGACACUUCUCCUCUGACAAGGAGGAAAUCCUAUGACCGUGGACAACCUGCCAGGCCUCCAGAUGUCGGCUUCACACCUCCUUCAUCCCCACCCACCCGUCCACGCAAUGACCGCAAUGUCUUCUCUCGUCUCACAAGCAACCAGAGCCAGGGGUCUGCCUUGGAUAAGUCUGAUGACAGCGAUUCCUCUGUCUCGGAGGUGCUGAGGGGCAUCAUUAACCCGGUGGGUGGCACCAAGAAUGCCCGGACAGCCCCGCUGCAGUGUGUCUCUGUGGCAGAAGGACACACCAAGCCUGUGCUCUGCCUGGAUGCCACUGAUGAGCUGCUUUUCACUGGGUCCAAAGACCGGAGCUGCAAAAUGUGGAACCUGGUGACAGGCCAAGAAAUUGCUUCCCUCAAGGGUCACCCAAACAAUGUGGUUUCCAUCAAGUACUGCAGCCACACGGGGCUGGUGUUCACUGUGUCGACGUCAUACAUCAAAGUGUGGGACAUCCGGGACUCAGCCCGGUGCAUCCGCACCCUCACAUCUUCUGGACAGGUGAUCUUUGGGGAUGCAUGUGCCGGGACCACCACCCGCACUGUCACCAGUGUGCAAGGGGAACACCAGAUCAACCAGAUUGCUCUCAACCCCACUGGCACCAUGCUCUAUGCUGCCACUGGUAACUCUGUCCGCAUCUGGGAGCUGAGCAGGUUGCAGCCCAUCGGGAAGCUGAGUGGCCACAUCGGGCCUGUGAUGUGUCUCACAGUGAACCAGACGGCGAGCAACCACGACCUGGUGGUCACAGGCUCCAAAGAUCACUACGUCAAGGUGUUUGAGAUUGCUGAGGGCACGGUGGGCAACAUUGGCCCCACUCACAACUUUGAGCCCCCUCACUAUGAUGGCAUUGAGUGUCUGGCCAUCCAGGGAGACGUCCUCUUCAGUGGCUCCAGGGACAACGGCAUAAAGAAGUGGGAUCUGGAGAAGCAGGAACUUAUCCAGCAAAUCCCUAAUGCCCACAAAGACUGGGUCUGUGCCCUGGCUUUCAUCCCUGGCCGCCCCAUGGUGCUGAGUGCUUGCCGAGGAGGCAUGAUCAAAGUCUGGAACGUGGACACCUUCACCCCGGUUGGGGAGAUCAAAGGGCAUGACAGCCCCAUCAACGCCAUCUGCACCAACUCAAAGCACAUCUUCACUGCCUCCAGUGACUGCCGGGUAAAGUUAUGGAAUUACGUGCCUGGGCUCACCCCUUGCCUUCCACGACGCGUCCUUGCCAUAAAGGGCCGUGCUACUAGUCUGCCUUGACCCUUCUGCUCUUUCUGACUCUUGCUCAUGCACUCUUCUUCUGUCUUUUCUUUCCUUGUCUCUCUCUCUCCAUCUCUUUCUCCCUCUGUCUUUCUCUCUGUUG